AUGGCGUGCGGCUUCUCUGCGCUCCCGACGGAGCUCGUGCUGCUGGUGUUCUCGUUCCUGGCGCCCAGCGAGCUGGCGACGGCGGCGCGGGUGUGCCGGGCGUGGCGGGCGGCAGCUUCGGACAACGCGGUGUGGCGGCCGCACGCACUGCAGCGGGCGUGGCACCCGCGGACCCGUCUGUCAUCGUGUGACUCGCCGCUCGGCACUCCACGUGCGGUCCUGGCGCGCGUGCCUUCGGUCCGUCUCCGACAUCGUGCGCUUCAUCGCGUUCUCUGGCCUGCCGACGAGGGGCGCGACGAGGGCGGCGGCGGCCGAUCGGAUCAACAGAGCGACGAGAACGAGCCGGUAGCGGCGGCGUCAUCGUCGUGGAAGCAGCUGUAUGAGCAGCGGGCACGGCUUCGGGCGCAGUGGCAGGGCGAUGGCGAGGCGUGGGCGAGCGUCAAGCCCGGGCACACUUCGCGCAUCACCGACGUGGCGGUGUGGGGCGAGCUGGUUUGCUCAGCGUCACGCGAGAGCAUCCGUGCGGUGCGGCUGGAGACUGGCGACAGCGAACCGACUCGGCUGUGUGACAACGUGCGCGCCCUUGCGCUGAUGCUGGGGAGCAGAGCGGCGGACGGACCUCCGCUGCAGCUUCUGGCAGGCCUCGACUCGGGCGUGCACUGCCUUGCUCCCGACUCGGGCGUCCAUACCGCACACAUCGAGACACCGACGGGCGUGGUGGCGCUGGCGGCUGGUGAGACGACGGCGGUGGUGGCAACUCGCGGCGAAGCAGUCCUGGUCUACGACGUCGACGCCGGGCGGCGUGUGUGGGCGUCGCCGUCACUCGGAGCUGAGAUGCCCGGCGUCGCCUGCGACGGCCGGCACCAGGCGUUUGUGCCAGUGGCGCGGGCAGUGCAUGUUUUUGACACGCGGGCUGCCGCUGCUGCCGGGCCAGCGUGGACCGCCCUCGGCGCCAACGGCCUUAUCACCGGCAUCGUCGCCGACGCAUCGGGCGCCGAGCUCCGACACGGCCCAGUCCCGCGGGUUAUGACCAGCGAUCUGGCUGGGUGUGUAUGCGUAUGGGACAUGCGCCGCGGCGAGAUACCUUUGACACGGCUGACUUGCGGCUCGGGCGCCCCGCUCCUUGGCCUCCAUGCCAACGACGCCGCAGUCGCUGCGGUCACCUUUGACAAGCGGAUCGAGGUUUGGUCCCUCGAUGCCGACUUUGCCCACCUUGCCCGCCUUGCGGUCAAACGGUCCGCCGACGAGGUCGUGGUCGCCGCCGACGCGGUGGUAGAGGGCGCAGUGACGCUCGGUGCCGGCUGCAUCGUGCAUCCCAAGGCUGUUCUCCGGGCGACGGCCGGAUCGGCGCUUGUGCUCGGGCGCGGGUGUGUGGUGGAGGAGCUGGCGGUGGUGGAGAGCACCGCAGCGGACGGGACCAUGGUGUUGGGUGCGGGCAACGUGGUGUGUGUCGGCGCCGUCGUCCGCGACUCGUCGCUGGGUGAUAACAACCUCCUGCGUGCUCGCUGUGUCCUUGACAGUGCCACUCUCGGUGACAGCUGCAUCAUAGGCGCGUCCUGUCUCCUGCCCACCGGCUACGUCGCCCCAGAUCGCGCCUCCAUCGUCGGCAACCCGCCCGUCGUCGCCACCGUCCACCCGGCCGUCGCCGCCGUCUCGGCCACCCGCCACACUGCCCUCCGCGACCUUCUCGGCUCAGCCCUCCCCAAGUUCCACCACCUCCGCGACGACGUCGCCACCUCUACCGGCUCCUGA